AUGACUUCCAACAACGGGACCAAUGGCCACAGCAAUGGGCAGAACAAGGAGCGUACACCCCUGCGAGCGGGCAUCUACUCGCCAACUAUGACCUUUUUCGACCCCGAGACCGAAGAGCUGGACAUUCCUACCAUCAAGAAGCACGCUGUCAGGCUUGCACAAGCUGGCCUCGUGGGUCUUGUAACUAUGGGAUCGAAUGGAGAGGCCGUCCACCUCUCGCGAGCGGAGAAGGCCACAGUCACGCGAGCGACCAGGGAAGCACUGGACGAGGCUGGUUACCAAAACGUGCCAGUCUUGGUAGGAGCUUCUGAGCACGGCAUUAAGCUCACUAUUGAGCUCUGCAAGGAAGCAGAAGCUGCGGGCGGCGAAUAUGUCCUCAUUGUACCUCCAAGUUACUACCGCUAUGCCAUUGACGAGGACGCAAUCGUCGAGUAUUUUACAAAAGUCGCAGAUGCCUCGCCACUUCCCGUAGUCCUCUACAACUACCCCGGAGCUGUUGCUGGAAUCGACAUGGAUAGCGAUCUCAUCAUCAAGCUUGCCCAGCAUCCUAACAUCGUUGGCACAAAGUUCACAUGUGGCAACACUGGAAAACUUACACGCGUUGCACUGGCUACAGACGCGUGUACGACAAAGAGCAAUGGCAGCGGCUACAUGGCUUUCGGUGGAAUGGCAGACUUCACUGCUCAGACUGCUGCUAGUGGCGGCUCCGGAAUCAUUGCCGGGGGAGCAAACGUCCUUCCAAAGACUUGUGUCAAAGUAUGGAACCUGUGGGCCGAAGGCAAAUAUGACGAAUCCAUUGCACUACAGAAGGUGCUCAGCAAGGGUGAUUGGGUGUUGACGAAAGCUGCCAUUCCUGGAACCAAGUCAGCUAUUCAGUCAUACUACGGCUACGGCGGAUACCCCCGCCGACCACUCAAGAGGCUUCCGAAGGAAAAGGUUGAUGCGGUCGCUGAAGGCAUCCGCGAGGUCAUGGAAGUUGAGAAGAAGUUAUAA